AUGGUCCGGGUUCAAUUGGAGGUGUUUAGGGUUCCUGGUAUCACCAUCGCAACGGACAUCAUCUGUGGUUUCCCAGGGGAGACGGAUGCUGACUUCCAGGAGACAUGUGACCUGGUGAAGGAGUAUCGCUUCCCCAGCCUCUUCAUCAACCAGUUCUACCCCCGGCCUGGCACCCCCGCCGCCAAGAUGGACCAGGUCCCUGCCCAAGUGAAAAAACAACGGACCAAAGAGCUGUCGACCCUGUUCCACUCCUAUAACCCCUACCACCACAAGGUAAGACAUCAUUCAUCCUGA